GACUGCCAAACACCGCACGCAGUCUGUCAUGGAGCAUGACAGUAUCGAAUCUUUUUUCGCAUCCUUACACAUCACAAAGCACGUCCUAAGCUUAAAGUAAAAAAGUGAAAAACCAAUAAAAUUUUGGGAAAUUCUACUUUAAAUUCCAGCACAGAUCUCCGUACGGGCCAACUUUCACUUCAUUAUCGAUUUGGAUAGUGAGAGGGAAAAGGGGUGCAAAGUACCGACCGAAAAAAUGUCUGGAAUCGGUGGAGAGGCAUUCGUCGUCCUUGCUCCGUUUGUCGAAUCUGGAAAAACGAUCAUUUAUGGGAGGAACGGAGUCCGUGAACCGGUGGAUGACUCCGCAGUAAGCGAAGUGCAUCAUUACCCAGCAUCCGAGGGCAGCGGAUCAGUGAAAUGUGAUUCGGCUGAAAUUGAUGGAGCUGCGACGUAUUCUGUGAUUCUGAGCAAACCGGCUGGUGUCUGGGGUGCCGAGAGCGGGUCCAACGAGAAAGGCGUUUGCCUGGGACUUACCUUCAGCGAGGGCCAUCCGGUUGAGGGUAAACUCAACGCCACGGAUCUGGUAAGAUUGGGCCUAGAACGAGCCGCCAGUGCAUCCGAGGCCAUCGAUAUCAUUACUUCGCUAAAUGGGCAACAUGGUGCCGCCGAAGAAAGCAAAGACGCCCCCAAGGCGGCUUUCGUCGUUUGUGAUCCGAACGAAGCCUGGCUGCUGAAUCUCGUGGGAUGCCUCUGGGCUGCACAAAAAAUCUCCUCCAAUAGUUUAGCCCUUAAGCCCGGCCUAUCCGUGGGAACACAGCUCGAUCGAAGUUCCGACGAUCUACAAUCCAAGCUACAAGCGAUCGGCGCAUGGGACGGUUCUGGGGACUUGAACUUCGCCCAGGCUUUCGGUUCGGAUGCUUCCCGUUGCUGGCCGGGUAGUGAACCUUCCAGCGAAGCUUCCUUCGGAGUAGUGCAGAUGUUCGAAACGCUGCGGGCUGCUGGCGCGGAACAAAAAUCACUCUCCAGCCAUGUGGCGGUUUUGUCCAAUAGUGGCCUAUCUUGUCACUGGUUCACUGCGACGCCCCAUCCGGUGGAAUCGGUGUUCAAACCGUUCAUUUUCACUCCAGGGGUCAAGAUUUCGCCUCUUACGAAAGUUCCUCCCGGGGAAAGUCAAACGUUGCUUCACAAGUUGCACACCAAUCGGAAGUGGGAAAAUGUGGGAGAUUUACUGAUGUCACUUGAGCGCACAUGCGUCGACGAAGUUAAUCGCUUCAUUAGUGAACAUUCUAGCGAGCCAAAUCAGGAGCUAGAUGAACUGAUGAAGGACUGCGUGGAGGCUGAGGUUAAGUUCUAUCGUUAAAUCUUUCCAUAAGCCACUAAUAAUAGUUCACCAAACAGUACCCGGGUAGGAGAGAACUGCUAAGCAGUAGCUAAGUUCAUUUCUUGGCCAAAAAUAUGAUCUAAAGUAACAGAAACAAUAACAAAAUUUGUUCGACAAGUAAACAGCAAAAAAUUGAUUGUAAGCUUAGUUGAAGCUUAGUACCGCGAUGGCACCAUAUUUAACGCAGUUGGGUUAAUUUUGAAUUUAACCAACUCUUAAAAAUGAAAAAUGCUUGAUGUAAACAGGACGGUAAGCUUUCUCUAUCCGAGUUUCCGUUGUUUUUUUAAGAAUAUACAAAACGUAUUCAAGUUUCUGAAGAAAUUUUCUGUUCUGUCGAUGAAUCAACUUCAUUGAACCAGAUCCUGAUCGGCUGUUCUGUAAAUAUUGGGGACAGCAAAAGUGUCAUUUUUGGACCCGCGUCAAAUAUGGUGGCUUAUCACAAGUUACGAUCUAUCAAAAAGCAAAACUAAUUUAUGGGAUAUUUUUAUACUGCGUUUCUAUUUUCGUUUUUUUAAUACCUAUCAGUCAAUUUUGUUAUUGUAUCAUUGUUUUAUAACAUAUGCAGAAGCCAAAAACACCAAAAUGAGUUCAGAUCACAUCAAUUAUUAUUGUUUAGUUUGCUAUUGUCUGCCACUACCCGGGUGUAAACUAAAAUUGCGAAAAAGCGCUAUCUAAUAGCACAGUAACCGUACUUUUUACGACAUUCCUUGACAAAACAAGACUUGCUUCAUUUAUGAUUUCGUACCAAACAUAUAGGAAGAAAAAAGCAUAGGUUUACGAGGGCCACAAAAAAUUGCUGAAUAACUUUAUAGAAUUAUCGAACAGGCUGUAUUCAAUCAGUAGAACAUUACUAUCGAUAGCACAUAGAUAUGACACGCAAUGGAGCUGCAGUUAGUGUUUUAUACCUUUUUUUUUUUGAAAAACAAUAUGUGUGUCAUUUUCGUGCAAGAAUGCUUCUACCGGAUCUUGUGGUAUUCCGUUCAAGUAAGAACAAUUCGUAACAAUUGAGUAUUGUAAAGUGAUUUCAUAGAAUCCCAGUGUUCGUUUAGCUUAGCUUGUCUUCAAUAAUGGCGUGAGAUCUCAACUAUUUUCUAUUUUUAGGUAUUCGUUUCUUAUUUAUUGAAAGUUUGUUCAUACCGUAACAGUGAUUCAAAUGUUUUACACUUAGUGAAUGUUCGAGUUUUGUCUAGUUGUAGUGUGAUGGCUUUAUUUUACGAUUUUUUUUACAAAUAAUGCUUAACAGUUACAACAGUACGUGCUCUGAACAGGUAUAUAGUAUCUACAGUAUAAUAAAGUACAUCAAGUGUAUUCAUUCUCUCUAUUUGAAAGCGAUUUACUAGAAGUAUCCUAUCGAUGCAUGCGAAAAGAAUAAACAAUUGAAUAUCAAAAAUUUCAAAACCUA